GAGAAUGGGCUCAUUUACAAGCAGUUUAUGCACCUCCACUGACGUCAAUGGAGCUAUCUUGGAUGUAUAUAACCAUUGAGCACGAGGCGCUCCUCUCCAUCUGUCUGCAGACUCAACACAAGCAACACGAGACCAUCGAACACCGGUCCGGUCCAGUAUGAAGCCCGUGCCUGUAGUUCUGCUCAUCAGUUCAGUGUUACUGAGCACUCACAUCCCGCUGAGCAUCUGUCGACCGCGUGAUCUGCGCAUCGGCAACAGCAACAACCGACUACACGACGCGCUAUUAAACAGCGCUGGAGACGACGCAAUGUCCUAUCUCGUGGGCGAAAAAAUCCUUCAAUAUUUGCAAAGAAACCUCGGACCGCAGAAAGCAGGCGCUCUCGUGCACUUUCAGCACUUUCCCACGGCAAACGCGCGCGCGCCGGACGAGGACAACAGCUUGGAUGAGCUCGUGGAGUUUAGCAAAAGAAACGACGACCCUCCGAUCUCGAUUGAUCUCACCUUCCACCUGCUGAGGAACAUGAUCGAGAUGGCACGGAUCGAGAACCAAAGAGAACAGGCGGAACUGAACCGCAAAUAUCUAGAUGAGGUUGGGAAGUAGUUGUGUAGUUAAAUGGUGACAGAUCAAGUGGGCGAGUACAGAUCAAGCUCAAUGCACUCUUUCAAAUCCCAACUCUUUGCUUUCUUUGACAUGUUAAAAGCUCAUACUUAAAAAUAAAGGUUCUUCAAUGGUGACUUGCUGCACUUUAGGUUCAGCAGAGAACCCUCUUUUUAUCAAGAACCAGUGGGUUUGCUGUUUUGUGAUUCAAUUUAGAGAUUGUAUAAAGUUCAAAUGUUACUUAGCCGAUCAGAGUACUGGCUUCUGGGUUCCUCAUCUAAUAAGGCACCUGGACAUAGAUGAUUUUGUGAAGAAUGCAUGAUGCCAUUAAAGAACCAUUUCAAUUUCACUAAAGGAUAUUUGGGUUUCUUUAGACUAUUCAAAAAAAGAAAUGAUUCUGUUAAGAUCCUUUGCAACCUUUAUUUUUCACUCUUAAAAUAAAGGUUCAUCUUAUGUUCUUUGUUAGGUGGUUCCACAAAGAACCUUUAACACAGAACCCUUUUGUUGCACAACAGGUUCUUUAGAGUAAAAAUAGUUCUAUGGACUUUAAAAAGGUUAGAAAGAAAUUGUUAUUUUAAGAUCCUACAGAAUGGUUCUUUGGGAAACCAAAAUUGGUUCUUCUAUGGCGUCACUGUAAGGAACCUUUGUAGGACCUUUAUUUUAAAGAGAUGUGGCAUCAAGCCUUGUUGGUUUCAUUUGCAACCUUUAUUUUUACUCUUAAAAUAAAGGUUCCUCUUAGGUUAUUUGUUAGGUGGUUCCACAAAGAACCUUUAACACAGAACCCUUCUGUUGCACAAUAGGUUCUUUAGAGUAAAAAUAGUUCUAUGGACUUUAAAAAGGUUAGAAAGAAAUUGUUAUUUUAAGAUCCUACAGAAUGGUUCUUUGGGAAACCAAAAUUGGUUCUUCUAUGGCGUCACUGUAAGGAACCUUUGUAGGACCUUUAUUUUAAAGAGAUGUGGCAUCAAGCCUUGUUGGUUUCAUUUGCAACCUUUAUUUUUACUCUUAAAAUAAAGGUUCCGCUUAGGUUAUUUGUUAGGUGGUUCCACAAAGAACCUUUAACACAGAACCCUUCUGUUGCACAAUAGGUUCUUUAGAGUAAAAAUAGUUCUAGAGACUAUAAAAAGGUAAGAAAGAAAUUGUUCUCUUAAGAUCCUACUUUACGGUUCUUUGGGGGAACCAAAAAUGGUUUUCUAUGGCAUCGCUGCAAAGAACCUUUGUUUGCACCUUUAUUUUUAAGAAUGUGACAGGAGUUUGUUGUACUAUACACUCUUAAAAAUAAAGGUCCUUAAAAGGUUCUUCACAGUGCUGCCGCAUAGAAGAACCAUUUUUGGUUCCUCAAAGAACUAUUCAGUCAAAGGUUCUUAGAAGAACCAUUUUUCAUACUUUAUAUAAUCUAAAGAACCUUUUUUGAAACAUUUGGGUUAUUCGCAUAUUUAAGGUUCUUUAUGGAACCAUUCGGCUAAAUGGUUCUUCUAUGGCAUCGUGAAGGACCUUUAUUUUUAAGAGUGUAUGCACCAGCUCUGGGCCAUUUCAGAACAAGGAACCAUAUGCAAGAACCAUGAGAGAACCUUCAUGACAGUGCCCUCUCAACACUGCCCAUAACAAAUAAACUUUUGGGGGGUUAAACUGUGUGUAACCAAAUCUUUCAUUUCAAUAUAAAAUUCACCCUUUUAAUGUUAACAGAUGUUUACUUAGCAUUACAAAUGCCAACUUUUAAACAGAAACAGUCUGAAAUCUGUAUUACUAGGUUACUUAAACAUGACAAAUCCUGUUAUUGCCCAUUAGUUAUCUCCUAAUAUAGGGUUUGCAUCUGUAUUGUUCUUGUAAAUCAGUGUAUCAUCAAAGCAGGGACAUUUUUUUGUUUGUUUGUUUGGUUGCAUCCUCUCAAUACUUGCCAACAGGGACUAUGGAAUGUUCUCAUAUACGUGACAUAUAAU